AGACAUAAGAAAGUUGGCCAAUAGGAUGUAGUUUGGUGUGCCCGAAGAGAGCUCCUUGGGUGAUGGACUGGGGGAGGGUUAUGGAAUGCUUGGGCAGGCUGGAAGUGGAAAACUGCGCAUGUCAGUUGGGCAGAGCAAACUUGCUGCAAAAGUAGCUAAAAGGUUCAAGGAAAGCCAUUGUGGAAGCAUUGGUGCCACUUCUGGAUUGACUUCAAGUUUAGCAUUUACUCCUUUCCAGUUAUCUUAUCUUCUGAACAUGCAUUAUAGUCAAGCCUGCUUUGUAUUCUGUAUAGAGCUCCCAAAUCCAGGGGCUCUUGCACACCAGCUUGGCACUGGAACUCAAAAGUAUUUAUUUCUCUGUGAUGGGAACAUUUCCGAAGAUCAAAAGGACAUGAAUCUUAGAAGUUUCAAUUGCACAAUACGCUCUCUAAUGAAAUCUUGAGUAAUCUGAAAUCUGAAUGCACUGGCCUCAAGAGAUUCUUGUGAGUUUCUAAAGAAUUAUGGUCAGUCAACUCUAUAAUCCUUCAAGAUUUUAUUACGCUGGCAUACACCCAUUUUGAUACAAGUAAAUGUUGGCAUUAAGA